AUGUCGAAUCAAGGCCACAGUCAGGAUCACUUGACUGGAGGCCUUCACAAAUAUGCCAUUUACGAGACCUCCUACUAUCUCAACCACUCCUAUGCCCUGCACACACUAGACACAACCAUCCAUCUGCGGUUGGACGGCCAGGAAAUAACUUGUAUCACUGCCCAUAUCACGCCUUACAUCGGCUCAGUGACAUCGAGGUUAAUGAAAGCUCUUCCAUUCUUGAUUAUGGUCUUGUUUGGAAUCGCUACAGGCCCGCUCAGGCUCUUUCAUACCAAUGGAAGAAGCAUGUUUCGGUACGAGCUGGCCGACCCAUCCCGUGACCCAGCCCAAUCCCACGUACAAGGACUAGGCGAUUGUCUUCAGUUUCUUCAGUUCAUCUUCUUAACCAGCUGUUUGUCGCUUUCAUACCCGGGCUUCUUCCGCGGGAUUGUCGGGGAGUUGGCCUGGUCAUCGCUCAUCUUCCGGAAUUGGCCUGUCACACAUGGAUUCGCCUACCCGGGUGUUGAGGAUGGAAUCUAUGCCACUAAUUCGACUUGGGGCUUGGAGGAGAUGACACAGGUCCUGGGCGGGACCACCAUCAGUGAUCUCUGGGUCAAUGCGAUUGUUAACCUGCUCCUCGUCGUCGUGGGGAUCGUGGCGCUGGUGCAAGUCCCGUUCGGAUUCCAAUGGGCGUCGAGGUUUCUUCGGAGGCGACAAGCGAUUGAGCUGUCGGACCUUCAGGAAGAAUCCUUGACUCAAUGCCAGCGUACAGGAUGGAGUAUCCUUCGAGCCGUGCUCGACCAUUUCCUCUUUCCGCUUGUUACUUUCUCCACGAGUCAACUCCUCUUAUCAUCAUGGUACCCGGCUUACCGUACCUUCUUCGCGGUUUUGCUUGUUGGCCUCCUUGCUGUGUCUUUGGGCUUUACCGUGCGGUAUCUGACCAAGACCAACAGACAAUGGGCCUUCUCCCAUGGAAGCCUGUUCCCUAGACAUCAUUCCGGAACGUGGAUUUUCGGUGUUCUGUACGGCAUUCCGAUUGUAAGAGGCAUCGCGAUCGGGGCAUUGCAACGAUCGGGCCUUGCCCAGGUUGUGGUUCUCAUCAUAUGCGAGACAACCAAUCUCGUCUGCCUGCUUUGGAACUGCCAGGACUUUCCAGCCUGGAGACCUGCCUGCUUUUCGAUCGGCAGGCUUGCCAGCCUUGUUAUGAGCUGUACCUUCCUUCCGCAGUCUGAGGCAACCGAGCGCAACCAAGGUAUACUGGCAUACAGUAUUCUGUUUCUAUAUGCAACGAUGAUGUUCUUCGGGUUUCUGGUUCCAUGCAUGAUAAGCAUAGCACUUUUCAUACUUCGGAAAGCGGGAAUCGUGCACUCCCAUGGUGGCCCCCUCGUGCGACCUCGUGAAGCACCGAUUUAUGGAAUUGGUCAACUUUCGCAACGGUCCACGCGGAAGACUUCAUUCACGGAGCUCUCAGAGCUUCGUCCUGUGGCCUAUCCUCAAACCACAGGGAUGCCGAGCACGAAUGAGUUUCCAUCGUACUUUCGGGCUCCACGGCCCAUGACUCCCGUCUGUAUGUCGUCGCACCAGUUCUCCACCCUCCCAAGGCAGUCUCACAGCUCGGAUGAAUCGGUGGAGUCCAGCAUGGACUCUGUUGACCUGAGCAUCCUGGACGAAGACACGACGACCGUCAGCGGCGACGGCGAUUAUUCCAAACGCGAGGCCGACCAAUACUACGGUCGGCCGAUGGCAUCGCAGGUCAAUGCUCGGGUAGAACGAACAGAAAACGCCUGUGCCACAGGGGAGGACAGGCUCUGGCGAUCGUCGUGGAAGUCGAGGAAGAAGACGAAAGGGUUCGAAGUUGUGAGGCCUGCUCGCCCUGGGAUAUGAUGAUGGAUUUUGACCCUCAGUUCGACAUUUGUAAUGAUGCUACCCUCUGAUAUAAUCUAGAGAUAACCUUACGCUUUGGCCCAAUCUCUUUGUCUAUGAUAUAAUGAUGAAGGCUUGGCCGAGGCGCGAAUAAGCAACGCUGAUAAAGUUUCUGUCCUACCCGGGAAGCCCAGGGUUGAAGCCCAGCCGCCAUGGGAGCCCUCUCGUCAUCUGUGGAUUGAAAAGUUAAUUGUUGUUGACUUUAUUCAUAUUUUACCUCAAUGGAUCAGUUACAAGGGCUAUUAUUAUCGGCCGGUGUCAAUAAGCUUUUUCUGCAG